GUAUAAUAAAUUGAAAAUUGUCCUCUAAAUAUCUGAAUCUUUUCUCUGAGAUGCAGAUUAGUGCUUGUACUAGCAACCAAAGAAGAAAACCAAGUCAUGGGGUUCAGCCCAUGUUAUGUGUUCCGACUCUUUUUACUCAUCUUGUCUUAUUUCUUUAUGUUUUCUGCAGCCAUCGACACCAUAAGAGCUAAUGAAUCUCUGAGGGAUUCUGAGGCUUUGAUUUCCGAUGGAAAUAGAUUCAAAUUGAGUUUUUUUAGCCCGCGAAAUAGCAGCCGUCGUUAUGUGGGUAUCAUGUACAAUCUGCCGGUGAUGACUAUUGUAUGGGUAGCUAAUAGAAAUAAACCUCUUAAUGAUUCAUCUGGAACACUUGAGAUAUCAUCAGAUGGAAAUCUUGUGAUCUUGGAUGGUCGAAAGGAGAUUGUGUGGUCGACUAAUCUUUCAACUUCUGUUGCGAAUUGUAGUGUUGUGCUCUUGAAUACAGGGAAUCUAGUUCUGCAAUCCAAUAACACACAUGUUUGGGAGAGCUUCCAACAUGCUUCUGAUUCUUGGAUAGAGAAGAUGAAGGUUCUUACAGAUUUGAGUAGAAAGGAGAAGAAUUUACUGACAUCAUGGACUAGUCCUGAUGAUCCGGCCCCUGGAAGAUUCACCUUAACCAUUGAGCCUUUAGACGUUCCUCAGUCGUUUAUUUGGAAGGAUGGAAAUCCAUACUGGCGCACUGGUCCAUGGAAUCGUCAGAUAUUCACUGGGAUUCCACAAAUGAGAUCUGACUAUAGUUCUGGAGUUCAAAUUAUCAGUGAUUCUCCAGGAAGUGCAUAUGGAAUAUUUACGGUUCCAAAUUCAUCUCUUUUGACAUACAAUUUCUUGAACUCUUCAGGGAGUCUAGAGGAAAAGGUGUGGUCUGAUGAGAAGAAAGCGUGGGACGUAACGUGGUCCUCAACAAGUAUUGAGUGUGAUAGGUAUGGUAAGUGUGGAGCUUUCGGAAGCUGUAAUGCUGAUGACACCCCAAUAUGUUCCUGUUUUCGGGGAUUCAUGCCAAGAAACAAAGAUGAAUGGGAGGCUGGAAACUGGAGUAGUGGAUGCACCAGGAAAACUCACCUACCAUGUCAACACAACAAUUCUGUGGGCAAACAAGAUGAGUUUCUCAAUGUGGGCAGAGUAAAGUUGCCGGAUCAUUUUAUGUUGUUUUCCUUUUCUCAAGAAGAAUGCAGGGAGGCAUGCUUGAGUAAUUGUUCUUGUAUAGCUUAUGCUAAUCCCCCUGGAAUUGGAUGUCUGCACUGGACUCGUAACUUAACUGAUACCCACAAAUUUACUUAUGGCGGUGAUGACUUGUACAUUCGAUUGGCAUAUUCAGAACUAGAUACGAAGCAAGACCACAAAACAAUUAUUGUCACAACAGUUGUUUUGGGGAAUAUACUUGUUGCUGUCUGUGCAUACUUUCUGCUGAAAUUGUUUUUGAAAUACAGAGAAAAUUUUGAUCCUGCCAAUAAGCUCAGGCAGGGUGGCUUUGGUUCUGUUUACAAAGGGAGAUUGCAAAAUGGAGUAGAAAUUGCUGUAAAAAGGCUGGCUAGAUCCUCUAACCAAGGGGUGGAUGAGUUCAUGAAUGAGGUUGAGGUGAUUUCACGGCUUCAGCACCGCAAUCUUGUCAGACUUCUUGGUUGCUGUGUGGAGUCUGAAGAAAAAUUGCUUGUUUAUGAAUAUAUGCAAAAUGGAAGCUUGGACGCUUAUCUCUUUGGUUCACAUAAACAUAAUUUUCUUGAUUGGCAAAGACGUAAACUAAUUAUUGAGGGGAUUUGUCGAGGCCUGCUUUACCUGCAUAGAGAUUCAAGGUUAAAAAUUAUACACAGAGAUCUCAAGGCAAGUAACAUCUUGUUGGAUGAGGAGUUGAACCCUAAAAUCUCCGACUUCGGUAUGGCAAGGAUUUUUGGUGGCAAGGAUGAUGAAGCCAAUACAACAAGGGUUGUUGGGACAUUUGGCUAUAUGUCCCCGGAAUAUGCACAUCGCGGAAUAUUCUCUGAAAAAUCUGAUGUCUAUAGCUUCGGUGUCCUAUUAAUAGAAAUUGUGAGUGGAAAGAAGAAUUCCAGUUUUUAUGAUGAAGAUCAACAACUCUUCCUUACAGCUUAUGCUUGGAGAUUGUGGAAUGAAGGAAGGAUAGUAAAGUUGAUAGAUCCUGCAAAAUAUGACAGUGAAAUGGAAAAUGAUAUAGUGAGAUAUGCAAAUGUAGGUCUGCUAUGUGUGCAAGACAUGGCAGCAGAUAGGCCUAACGCGUCUACAGUGCUGUCGAUGCUUAGCUGUGAGAUUGUAGAGCUUCCUCACCCAAAGCAGCCGGCAUUUCUCGGGAUGCAGAGCUUUCAAUCCACAGAGUCCUCUACAAAGAGUUCAACUAAAUGUUCAGUCAACGAUGUCACUAUUUCUAUAUUAGGAGGAAGGUAGCCUUGAGUGAGACCUCUUUUCCAUGUUAAUAAUAAUAGCUAUGAAAGAGCUGAUUAUGUAUGUUUAUUUGAUAUUGUUUUCUGGUGUUGAGUCAGGUUCAGUAGUUGUAGCAAGGAGAACAAGAGAAUCUUGAAUUAGUAGAGCUGAUUUUGUCUAAAUUAUUUGAGUUUUUUCUGUAAAAAUAAACAUUUGACAGCAAACUAAUAUUAACAGAAUCUGAUGUUAGAGGCCCA